AGAAGCAGGCUGGCGGGCAGGCUGAGAGGGGCUCCCGGAGCCCCAACCUCCAGCGCACACCAUGCUGCCCGGCCUCGCCCUGCUCUUCCUGACCGGGCUCUCUGCCUGCGCAGUGGCGCCAGACAAGGAGCUGGUGCUCAGCGAGGAGGCACGGCCCUGGAUCACCAUCACCCUGGAGGAGGGCGCCCUCCCCAGCAUCCAGCUGCAGCUGCAGGAGGUGAAGAGGGGCAAAGCAAGGCAGUUCUUCGGGCUGAUGGGCAAGCGGGUGAGAGGAUACCCUCCCAUCCAGCUAGAAAGAACAGGGCACCAGCAAGGGCAACUGCCACAGGACCUCGCGGGCAGGACGGGACCCUCUGCAGAAGGACUCUCCCCAGGCAGAGGGGAUGAGGAGCAGGGGUCGGAGUGAGACCCCCACCACCCGCCACCUGGAGAACGGACCCCCCUAUCCCCGACCUGGACAUUGAAGCCGACCAGCGCCUGGCCAGCCACCCUCCCUGUCUCCUGGGCUCCACGCUGGCGUGUCCCCCAGGCCGCAGGGACGCCUGGGCUCCUCGGGGCCUGGCCUCAGGCAGCCACCGGGCACUCAGGGUGCAGCUGGAGUGACCCGCCCUGCCCCCCUGCGUGGGCA